GGUGCGGACGUGCCCGCUACGCCGGGAUCACGGAAAGAAGGAGCAGAAGAGUAGGCGGCAUGGAACCCCCGAAAGACAGUAAUGGCAGGCCGCGGUGACGCGGUGCUUGCUGCUCGCCAUGCCAGGGAUAGUGGUUUUCCGCCGCCGCUGGUCUGUGGGCAGCGAUGAUUUGGUGCUGCCAGGAAUCUUCCUCUUUGUCUUGCACAGCACCUGGUUUGUUAUCCUGUCCGUGGUUCUCUUUGGUCUGACCUAUAACCCGCAUGAAACAUGUUCUCUGAAUUUGGUGGAUCAUGGGCGUGGGUACCUUGGCAUCCUCCUGAGCUGUAUGAUUGCCGAGGUAGCCAUCAUCUGGCUGAGCAUGAGAGGUGGAAUCCUGUACACAGAGCCCCGAGACUCCAUGCAGUAUGUACUGUACGUGCGGCUAGCGAUCCUGGUGAUUGAGUUUGUUUAUGCGAUCGUGGGCAUUGUCUGGCUUGCUCAGUAUUACACAUCCUGCAAUGAUGUCACGGCAAAGAAUGUCACACUUGGAAUGGUUGUGUGUAACUGGGUAGUCAUACUCAGCGUCUGUAUCACGGUGCUUUGCGUGUUUGAUCCAACUGGGCGAACCUUUGUAAAACUACGAGCAACAAAAAGAAGACAAAGAAACCUGCGCACAUACAACCUACGACACCGGCUGGAGGAAGGUCAAGCCAGUAGUUGGACCCGUCGUCUGAAAGUCUUCCUGUGCUGCACCCGCACUAAAGACUCUCAGUCUGAUGCGUACUCGGAAAUCGCCUACUUGUUUGCAGAGUUUUUCAGAGAUCUUGACAUCGUGCCAUCUGAUAUCAUUGCCGGACUUGUCCUCCUUCGUCAGCGUCAGAGAGCUAAAAGGAACGCAGUGUUGGAUGAGGCUAAUAAUGACAUACUGGCCUUUUUAUCUGGGAUGCCCGUCACCAGGAAGACAAAAUAUCUUGACCUAAAAAAUACACAAGAGAUGCAGAGAUACAAGGAGGUGUGUUAUUACAUGUUGUUUGCACUGGCAGCAUAUGGUUGGCCCAUGUACCUCAUCAGGAAGCCAACGUGUGGCAUCUGUCGGUUAGCCGGAGCAUGCUCUAGUUGCUGCUGCCUCUGCACUUCCCGACCCCGCUUUGCACCUGGAGUAACCAUCGAAGAGGACAACUGCUGUGGCUGUAAUGCAAUCGCCAUAAAGAGGCACUUCCUGGAUGAGAACAUGAGCAUGGUGGACAUUGUGUAUACAUCCUGCCAUGAUGCAGUUUACGAAACUCCAUUUUUCGUGGCGGUGGAUCACGACAAGAAGAAAGUUGUGAUUAGUAUUCGUGGGACUCUAUCGCCAAAGGAUGCCUUGACCGAUUUGACCGGUGAUGCAGAACGCCUGCCUGUGGAAGGCCACCAUGGCACAUGGCUGGGCCAUAAGGGGAUGGUACUUUCUGCUGAAUACAUUAAGAAGAAGCUGGAGCAAGAGAUGGUUCUUUCCCAAGCAUUUGGCCGUGACCUGGCAAGAGGAACUAAGCAUUACGGUCUGAUUGUGGUGGGCCACUCUCUUGGCGCUGGCACAGCCGCAAUUCUUUCCUUCCUUCUACGCCCACAGUACCCGUCCCUUAAGUGUUUUGCAUAUUCCCCACCCGGGGGGCUGCUAAGUGAGGAUGCCAUGGAAUAUUCAAAGGAGUUUGUUACGUCGGUUGUGCUGGGAAAAGAUCUGGUUCCCAGGAUUGGUUUGUCCCAGUUAGAAGGUUUCCGCAGGCACCUGUUGGAUGUACUGCAGAGAAGCAACAAACCCAAGUGGCGGAUCAUUCUUGGGGGGACGAAGUGCAUUCCGAAGUCUGAACUCCCUGAUGAGUCUGAAGGGAUAACUGUGCCCAGUAACAGACUCUGGACUCACCCGAGUGACUUGACCAUAGCUUUAUCUGCCAGCACACCGCUGUACCCACCAGGACAAAUCAUUCACGUGGUACACAACCAUCCUGCUGAACAGUGCUGUUUCUGGGAUCAAGAAGAACCAACAUAUUUUGCAAUAUGGGGAGACAAUAAAGCAUUUGAAGAGGUGAUAAUCUCUCCAGCAAUGCUUCACGAGCACCUCCCGCAUGUGGUAAUGGAAGGACUAAACAAGGUCCUGGAAAAUUAUAACAAAGGCAAGACAGCUCUGCUGUCAGCUGCUAAGGUGAUGGUGAGUCCAACAGAGGUGGAUCUGAACCCAGAGCUUAUAUUCAACCAACAGCCGCAUCUCAUCCCUCCUAUCCUGGAAGUAAUACCUGCCAUCAUGCCAGGGGCACCAAACUCUAACCGGAGGAACAGCAGCACCAAGAGUAAACAGUCUGAGAUCAGUUUGGAGGGUUUUUACGAUUCUCGUCUUCUGUCCCCGGUGCUGAAGGAUCCAGUGGAACUUCUGUUGAUGAGUACCAAGGAUUGCCUUGCUGUAUCCCUGCACGAUCGCAGGGCCCCUCUGGCUACAAUGGAAAGCCUGUCAGACAAUGAGUCCGUUUACAGCUUUGAUUCAAGACGUUCCUCUGGUUUUCGCAGCAUUCGUGGGUCUCCGAGUCUGAGGGCUGUGCUGGAAAGAGACGAGACACACUGUUUUUUCAUUGAUCCUACCAUUCCUGAGGAGAACCCAUCUUUGAGCUCCCGCACAGAGCUUCUAGGAGCAGAUGCCCUUUCUAAACACUCACAAGAGAGCCAGCACACAGAGAUUGUUCACAAUAGUGGACGCUCUUCACCAGGAGACUUGCCUGCUUGGGAAGAAGAUGUGAAAGCAGGUGUGGAGGCCAACAGAGCACUGACUCCAUCCCGAGAGGAGCUACCGGUACAGAAUGGGCGUGUAGCAGAGGUGCCAAGCCCACAAGUGUUGGAGUUUGCAGAGUUCAUAGACAGCCUGUUCAAUUUAGACAGUAAAAGUGGUUCUUUACAGGACCUCUAUCACAUAAUGGUUUCUGAUGGCACAGACCGUGAGAUGUGCAAGUCAGUCAGUGACCAAGAGAUCCUGCUGCGGGCCCAAUUUGAGCCCAACCUAGUUCCCAAGCCCCCUCGUGUUUUUGCUGGCUCUGCAGACCCAUCCUCUGGCAUCUCAGUGUCCGCCUCCUUCCCUCUCAGCUCUUCAGGAGAGCUCAUGGACCUGACGCCAACAGGGAUGAGCAGCCAGGAAUGCUUGACACCUGAUCCAAUCCAGGCUGUCACAUCCACAGAGACAUCCACAACGCAAGGCAAGAAAGAAGAACUACUAAUCUCUGCUCUCUAGCAAAAUACAUCUGGGAAAUUGGCACAUUUAUUGUAGGAACUACAUUAGGAAACUGCUUAAGUGAAAAAUAGAAAAAAGUAGCGUAGAGCAUAAUUGCCAUAGGAAGUUAAGUCAGCUAAGUGAUUUCCUCCCGUCACAAGGUUUUAUGCCUAAAUCACCAUUGCUGACCCUGAAGCAGCUUAAGAGGAUUUUAAAACCUUUGAGGUGAUUGCAAACCAAGGAAAGUGAUAAUGUUGCACUAUGAAGAUGCCAUCAACGGCAGCCUUGCAUGGCUCGUUUACCAGCCGUGACUCACGUCAUUGGUUGUGAGACAUUUUGGUUCAUUGUCAAACCGGGGGGGGCGGCAUUUAGGGUCACAAAACCAGUCUACUGCCAAUGGGCAUACACAUAAGGCCAUAAUAGUACCCUUUGCCCGCCUGGGGUGUAUAGUAUCAUCACUGUCUGCCCACUGCAGGUUAAAUGGUCACACUGCCAGCCUCUGCCUUCAUUGUCUCCUUGUCUUGUGUGUCCAUAUCUACUCAUGUGUUUACAGCAUGUUCAUUUUAUACAGAUGAAUGUGUGUUUGCCUGUUGUACCCAGAUAGCAGAACAAUCCUAUGGGCAAUUUGUGGGCUUCCAAAGAAGCACUGUAUGUGUCGCUAUUUCACUUCAGGGUGUAGCCAUCCUGUCCAUUUCACGAUAUGAGAGCAGGGUCCGCUAACCCAGAACAGUGUGCCAAGAAAACAAAUCCCUGAUCCCACCCAAGUCUCAGUGUUUACUGAUAGAUUGGCAACCCGCUUCUGACCGGAUUUUAAAUUAUAAUUACAACCCGCUACAGUGCAUGUGACAUGCAUGUAACAAACUAAGACACUAAAACCUGAUCCACCUGUCCUGCCUAGGUGUGACAUUAAGCUAAAUAAGCAUCUCAGUGCCAGAGGAGUGAUCCUUACCAUGUGGUCACCCCAGUACUGUAUUAUAAGAAGUUCCAAUGGAUGGCUAUUCCAUGCACUAUGUUAUGUGAUAGUAUUUGCUUUCCCUGAUUUUUGACUUUAUAUAUAACAAGCAUUGCCAGCAGACAGUUUUUACUUUCUCUUAUUGCUGUGUUUACAUGACAUUGAUCUUAUAUGGCACUUAUUAGCUGAGUUACCACAUACUGUUUGCUGGUAGAGAAUUGGUAUCUCACAGCAUAUUAUAAGGGUAACUUGGAGCAGCUAAUUACAUUAAAUAGAGCAGAGUAUAGUUACCAUAUUACUAAGCAUUAUGAGGGGUCAGUCCAUUGAGAUUCUCUUGCAAGAAAAGAUGAUCUGUCCAUGUAAAUGACUUGCUAAAUCAAUGACAUUUCUUGAGGAAGCUUACCAGCUGAACAAUUCCUUUGGCAUGACCAGAUGUUCUUGCAGGAGAUGCAUAGCAGGGUUAGCCCUGCUUCAUAACUCUUAAUGAUGUUUACAA